CAGCCAUUACCUAAGGUAAUGGCUGUGCACUGAACCAACGUCGUUGCGAAGACGGAUCCAUCCAAUGUUAUCGACACCAUUGAGAAAAUCGCAUCUCCAUCAGCGCGGGUGAACGAGAUACGGCGAAGCGUGCAACAGUACGCUUCGAGCAUUAUGAGGUUGAAGCUCCCGGCAUCCGAAGCCACGGCUGACAACGCCACUACUGCUCACAUGGUCAAGUCCCUGAUCGAUCCAACACAAAGUCGGUGGCUUCUUGAGGAGGGUGAGCUCCAAAGCCUGGGAAGCAUCGUGGCCCGUAACAGGACUGGGAAAAUCGGCAAGAGAUCCACGGCUGGGCAAAAGUUGGACCUUCGCGUCACUUUGGCCGACACGAACGACCAGCUCGAGGGGCUGGUGUGCCUCCGAUCAGGCGGGCUACCCCGGCCUGGACUCGCUAAGUUUCAUUUGGACCGUGUCGAUCUAUUGGAAUGUCUGAUGGAAAUCGUAUUCGCUUUCGGUCUUGAAAAUUCUGGGGUUUUGUCGGAGAAGAUCGGGGGAUUGUUUGUGAUGGGCAUUCAGAGCUAUGAUUGGUCAUCCUAUGUGUACGGGCUGAGAUGGCGCACCGAAGGAGUUUUUUGUGCCGGGCUACUCAAGCGAUUCAAGCUGCCGCGUUCAUUGUCAAACCUGGCAAUCGUGGAGAAUGGGGUGUACUCUUUACUACGUGUAGAGGCCACCUUACAAACCCUCGUGAGAAAGGCCAAUGAGAUUUCUUUGCUUAAGGCUCGUUUGAACUCUCGGGAGCGACGUGCAACCCUGGGAAUCACUCAGCCAUACAUGGCUCCUCCUCCUUUCGGUUGUAUUGCACGUUCGCGAAGGAAGCUGAACACGGAGGUGAAUGAGGAUAGAUACGUUUAAGGCUGGAAAGAGAGUAAGCGACGUCAAGUACACAUACAGUACCACGACAAAAGUUUUCGGAACGCACGCGUUUCAAUUGUAAACAAUUAGAAAAAUCGCUUACCAAAGGGCUUUAAUUGAC